UUUGAACCCGAGCAAUAAGGCGGUCGGGACCCGGACCGCCUUCCUUCCCGAUUGCAUUUGCUAUAAAAUCCUCAGAACUGUCAGGAGCGUACAUCCACUUCGGAUUCUUCUUGUUUUUAACAAAUUCAGGUUUUGAUUUGCAGGUUCGAUUGAGAUGUUGGCAUUUACUGCAAGUUCUGUUGGUACCUUACCUCUUGUGGCGCCAGUUUAUGCAGUUAAAACUAGGAAUGGAUGCAAGAGUCAAAAGGAAACAAGCUGCAGUCCUGUCAGUGUUUCCACUCAGCUUCAACCUUAUGAUCAUCGAAGUGGGUUAAAUAAGCUUGUGCUGAGCCCAAUAGGGCUUGGGAAGCAAUUACAUCCUAUUUAUGGAAGGAAACAUUGUAAUAGAAAGCAAUCUGCUUCAAUUACAUGUUCUGCUGCUAUGAAUGCAAGAUGCUCUGCUUCAGGGCAAACUCAAACCGUAACUCGUGAGGCACCAACAAUCACCAAGGCUCCUGUACGAGAACCAACGAAGACGCCACAACUUGAUGAUGGAGGACCUGGGCUCCCACCUGGUGGUGAUGAUGGUGGUGGUGGUGGCGGGGGUGGUGGGGGAGGAAACUGGUCAGGCGGAUUCUUCUUUUUUGGUUUUCUUGCAUUUCUAGGAUUUUUAAAAGAUAAAGAGAGUGAGGAGGACUACCGGGAUAGUAGGAGAUAAAAGACAAAAAGAACAUAAUCAAUAUUGUUUUUAACGCCUUGAUUGUGACAUUCUGCUGUAUUCUUUGCCAUUGGAUUCAUAGUAGAUUUGAAUGAGAUAGACUGGUGAUCAACCUAUUUA